AUGCAGGCCGAAGCUGGAGAUUUAUUGGAGGAUCUUAUAGAGUAUGCUAAGCAAGUAAGCUAUUAUGUUGAGAAUCAUGCAGACAUGGUCCCACGGCAGACGCCAUCGCCUAAUCUUGAAUGUGACAGAAGUCGCAAGGGGCCAGCUACCCCCAAUGCGCACCAACAGCCGAAGGUUGAUGAAGACCGGGAUUUACAGCUUGCAAAAUGCUCUUUGGUUACAUCUCCGGGAGAGAUAGGCGAUCCUGAGUGGCCUCGCCACAACUGGGAACACCUGCAGAAACAUCCGGAAAACGACCUGUGCGUCAUCGCCAGCCCGGGGGGUGCCAAAAGAGUGUUUAGUAUUGAACAUUCUGGGCUCAUACUGCGCCCAGUCUCCGGCUCGAGGUCAGAACUAUCUGAUUUCCGUAGGCCAGGGGCUCUCAGCGAGAUUCUGUUCCAGCAGUGGAAGCUCUGGGAGGGCCGACUCACUCACUAUGCGCAGGCAGAGCCGCUGGCGCCUACUAUAGCAUGGAAUGGGCUGGCAUACCGCUGGCAGGAUGGAAGCUACACCGCCACUGGUGUGCCCGACAGUUACAAGGCAUAUUACGCGCAGUACUGCAAGUAUUAUAGCAGGCUUGGAUACUGCUCCAACAAGCCCUGCAGGUAUGUCCACGACAGAAGGAAUCGUGGACUCUGUCGCAGUGUUGCAGCCGGACACACAUGCGCUACAGGCAGGCAGUGCCCUCUCCUCCAUGAGCCGAAUGAGUACAUUGCCGAGGACUGCCCCGCGUUCCACGCGGGGUCCUGUCCCCACACGCACGGUGCAGUGGACACCUUUGAUCGGCAGCGAGCAAACCCGCUGCUGCGUGCUGGCCUCUGCCACCGCGUGCACCGCGCGCCGCCUGCGGCCGCCGACCAUCUCUGUAGGCCGUUUGCCUACACCUCCUUUUGCUUUCGGGGCUUGCAGUGCCCCUUCCUGCACCUUAAGCUUUGCCCCGACUUCUACUCCACCGGCACCUGUUUUAUCCUGGGUUGCCAGCUCUACCAUGAGCUGCCAGAGCCCUAUUGCCGCCCAGCUAGCCUUGCCGCGUUGGAGCCUGCCAUGUACCUGCUCCCCCCGUGGGGGCAGUCCGCCACGACACCGCUGCCAAGCGUCUGGUACGGCCUACGGUCCUUGCAGCAGAGCCUAGAUGAGGCGGGUGCCGCACAAGCCUUAGCAAGGCUGGGGGCUGUCGCACUGCAGGCGUCUGGCAACAGCCACCGCGAAGAAGCGUGCUCAACAGAUGUAUCUACAGAUUACUCCAGUGCGGACAGUUUGCAUAUAAACUCAGAUGUAGAAUGCAACAACGAAGACUUUGUAAGACUCUAG